AUGGCCAUCAACGAUGAGCAGAAGCCGCUGCACAUCCUCUUCUUCCCGUUCCUCGCGCCGGGGCACCUAAUCCCGAUCGCCGACAUGGCCGCGCUCUUCGCCGCCCGAGGCGUCAAGUGCACCAUCCUCACCACCCCGGUGAACGCCCAAGUCAUCCGCUCGGCGGUGGACCGCGCCAACGACGCCUCCCGCGGUACCGAGGGCGCCCUGGCCAUCGACAUCGCCGUCGUGCCGUUCCCCGACGUCGGGCUGCCCCCCGGCGUCGAGAGCGUCCCGGCCCUUAAUUCCAUGGACGACCGCGAAAAGUUCUUCCACGGGGUCCGGUUACUCCGCGAGCCGUUCGACCGGUUCUUAGCGGAGAAUCGCCCCGACGCCGUCGUGUCCGACAGUUUCUUCGAGUGGGCCGCCGACGCCGCCGCAGAGCACGGCGUCCCGCGGAUGGCGUUCCUCGGCAGCAGCUUGCCGCCCCCGAUGACCCUGACGACGCUCGUGCUGCUUCCGGGGCUGCCGCACCGCGUCGAGCUGAGGCGCAGCCAGAUGAAGGAGCCCAAGAAGCAGCCAGAGGACUGGGCCUUCCUCCAGCGCGUCAACGCCGCGGACCAGCGGAGCUACGGCGAGGUGUUCAACAGCUUCCACGAGCUGGAGCGAGACUCCUUGGAGCACUACACCACAACGCUCGGGCGCCGCGCGUGGCUCGUCGGGCCGGUCGCGCUCGCCAGCAAGGACGCGGCGACGAGGGGCGCCGGCAACGGGCCCUCGCCGGACACGGACGGCUGCCAGCAGUGGCUCGACACCAAGCCGGAGGGCUCGGUGGUGUACGUGUCCUUCGGCACGCUAUCCCAUUUCUUGCCGCCCGAGCUGCGCGAGCUGGCACGCGGCCUCGACAUGUCCGGCAAGAACUUUGUCUGGGUCAUCGGCGGCGGCGCGGACACCGAGGAGUCGGAAUGGAUGCCCGACGGGUUCGCGGAGCUGAUGGCGGGCGGCGACCGCGGCUUCAUCAUCCGGGGUUGGGCGCCGCAGAGGCUGAUCCUGGCCCACCCGGCAGUGGGUGGGUUCGUGACGCACUGCGGGUGGAACUCGACGCUGGAGGCCGUGAGCGCCGGCGUGCCUAUGGUGACGUGGCCGCGCUACGCCGACCAGUUCUACAACGAGAAGCUGGUGGUGGAACUGCUCAAGGUCGGUAUCGGCGUGGGCUCCACGGACUACGCGUCGAAGCUGGAGACCCGGCGCGUGAUCGGCGGCGAGGUGAUCGCGGAGGCCAUCAGGAGAGUGAUGGGCGACGGCGAGGACGCCGAGGCAAUACGGGAGAAGGCCAAGGAGCUUGGGGAAAAGGCCAGGCGUGCGGUGGGCAACGGUGGGUCAUCUUACGAUGAUGUCGGACGGUUAGUGGACGAGCUGAUGGCUCGUAGGAGCUCCGUCAAUGUCUGA